UGCUUGGUGUUUUUCCUGAUCUCUGCCAGUGCCGAGACCUGGAGCUGGACUGUGACGGUGCUGAGUUUCAAGAUAUCCCAGUGGUGGCAACGAAUAUCACCAUGAUAUCGCGCAGAGACGGGCAAUGUAUUCCACGGCAUGGAAAGGCUCCAUCUCCUCUGGUUUUCAUGAGCGAUCGAGGAACGUCCAGGACCAUCUGGUCAGCUGACUUCAGGGCUCUGGAGAGUUGAUGCAACUUAACAAGGUCACUACAAAAGAACCGACUUCAGAAACUGAGAGCGAGCACAUUCUUUAAGUACCAGAGUCUACAGAAACUGUACCUCCAGUACAACAAAAUUCAAGAUGUGAGUCCUGAUGCAUUCAGAGGGCUGUAUAACCUAACAAGACUAUACCUGAGCAACAACAAGAUAUCUGUCCUGAUGCCGGGUGUGUUCAGGGACCUGCACAAGCUGGAGUGGUUGUAUGUUAGUUUACUACUAAAACAGUUCUUUUCUGUCAUAGUGUACCAAUUUUGUUUUCUUUUUCUUGCAUUGUUGUCCUUUUACUGCCUGCAGGAUCUUAGAAAACAACAAUAUCCAUCUGAUAUCAUCCAUGACAUUUUCCGGACUGAACUCCCUUGUUUUACUGGUUUUACUGAACAACUCUUUGACAAAGCUGGAUGACAUAUGUCUAGAAAUGCCCAGACUGAAUUGGCUAGACUUGGAGGGAAAUCUCAUUGAAACGAUUGAUAAUGUCUCAUUCCGCUCAUGCAACAUGAUGACAGUUCUGGUUUUACAGCGAAACAGGAUCAGCCACAUACACGAACAGGCUUUCUCAGUCCUACAAAAGCUUGGAGAGCUGGAUCUAUCCAGCAACAGAUUGGUCGCAAUCCCUCCCAAUCUCUUUGUUUUACUGGAGGAUUUGCUUCAACUAAAUAUAUCAUACAAUCCCAUCGUGGAGCUCCAGGUUGACCACUUUGACAAGCUGCACAAAUUAAAAUCAUUGAGCAUAGAGGGGAUAGAAAUUGGAAACAUACAGCGAAGGAUGUUUGAACCUCUCAAAUACUUGACUCAUAUCUACUUCAAGAAGUUCCAGUACUGUGGCUACGCUCCUCAUGUGCGCAGCUGCAAGCCCAACACUGACGGCAUCUCGUCCUUUGAGGACCUGCUGGCCAACAUCGUGCUGAGGGUCUUCGUCUGGGUGGUCUCCGCUACCACCUGCUUCGGCAACAUAUUCGUCAUCUGCAUGCGUUCGUACAUCCGCUCCGAGAACAAACUCCACGCCAUGUGCAUCAUCUCCCUCUGCUGUGCAGACGGUCUGAUGGGAGUCUACCUCUUCAUGAUCGGUGCGUACGACCUGAAGUUUCGAGGCGAGUACAACCGGCAUGCUCAGGCCUGGAUGGACAGCAGUCAGUGUCAGGUCAUUGGCUCUUUGGCCAUGUUAUCCACUGAAGUAUCCGUCCUGCUCCUCACUUACCUCACUCUGGAGAAAUGCAUCUGCAUCGUCUACCCUUUCCAGUACUUGACUCCUGGCUGGAGACGAACUGUCACCAUCCUUCUUGGCAUUUGGGUGUUCGGUUUUAUUGUAGCCUUCCUGCCGCUGGUCUGCAAGGGGUUAUUUCGAAACUUCUAUGGGACCAAUGGAGUCUGCUUUCCGCUGCACUCUGAGCAGCCAGAGACGGUUUGGGCUCAUGUAUACUCCAUUGUCAUUUUUCUGGGUCUUAACCUGGUGGCAUUCCUCAUCAUCGUCCUCUCCUAUGCAAGCAUGUUUUAUAACAUCCAGAGAACAGGCACUCAGACCACUAAAUACAGCAACCACAUCAAAAAAGAGGUGACCAUCGCCAAAAGGUUCUUCUCCAUCGUCAUUACCGACUCCCUCUGCUGGAUCCCCAUUUUCGUCCUCAAGAUUCUGUCACUGCUGCAGGUGGAGAUUCCCGGCACAAUCUGCUCCUGGGUGGUCAUAUUUAUUCUGCCCAUCAACAGCGCCUUGAACCCGAUCCUUUACACGCUGACCACACGACCUUUCAAAGAGACCAUUCUGCAGGUGUGGGCUAACUACAGGCAGAAGAGGCCCCUCCUCAGCGGUCACCCGGCUCAGCAUCCGUCGCUCACCUGGCAGGAAAUGUGGCCAGUGCAGGAGAACUGCCACAGUGCCUCACAGGUGCACCCAUUAGAAACGAAAGCCACGCUAGCCAAGCUCACUCCUGUGGAAAACACUACCGAGGGACAUAAUGACGUCACCAUGUGCGCAAAACAACAGCCGAAGCAGCAUACGGUGCUGUCAGUAUGCUCAACGAAGCAAACGGCACCGCUCACACUCACACAUACCUACACUUGCUCACAAACAAAUGAACUCCUCUAAGUGUAUAACAGCAGAACCACACAGAUCUCCACCAUUUACAAAAACACACAGUUCAGUGCUUCAUUUGUGCCCACGUUCCUCGGUUGUGAUUCAUUCAUUUCCGUUAACGUUUUUUGAAAUCCCUCUAUGUGCAUGUCUUGGCAGCCGUCAUGCCAGAAGAGUGAAGCUACUCGUCUAGCAGUGAAACCCGUCAAAUGAAGACCACAGGCUGGCUCCAAAUAACCAUCAGCACAAGGCAAGAGAAACCUGGACACCCUGCUGUUUUAGCAUAGACUGUAUAUAAAAGAUGUGCACAGCCUCUGAGUUUGGAAAGUGGAAGUGCCUUAACCUCGCAUUCCUUCUAAUGGCCAGCAGGGGGUGACUCCACUGGCUCCAAACAGAAGUCCCAGUGCAUAGAAAAUCAGGAGAAAAUGACCCUGCUUCCCACUUUAUUACCACUGUAAGCAUUUUCCUCAUGUGUUUAUGGUCUCAUUUGGUAAUUUCAGGUUCUCCUCAAUGGAGCAUGAUGUUCAUUUUGUUAAUGGUGGUCCCGUUUAGAGUGAAAUGGCUGAUAAAGGCGAGUUGUGCCGCCUUGUGAUUUCCAACCAUAUUGACAUGAAUAGUAUGUUCUCCGCCAGCUCCACCCUUCUCGUGAAAAUGCCAAACUCAAGACUUUGAAACAGACCGCUGGGUUGCUAUGUCCCCUCCUUCCCUACAGUCUAUGAUUUUUAACAAUGACUAUGUAUUUACUACAUCUCCCGUUUCACAACUCAACUGUGCUCCUGAGCUUGCUUUACACUUAUCCAGGUUGUUUUUUUCUUCACUAGAUCUUUGCUUGUGUUGUUACCACUCUCAGAUAUACCUCGCUAUGGAUAAAAGCAGCUGCUAAAUGAAAUUGUAGAACUGUAGAAUUGCUUCUGAUGCGGUUGUCACUGGAUUCAAGUUUGAAGAGACUCUGUUGUCUGGCUCAAACAGAGAUGAAGGUAGACAAAUGAAGAGUAGAACUGUAAAAGCAUCACAGAACAGUAAGUUAGAAACGUUGACAUCUGUACAGUUUGCAGGUGUGAAUAUCUGCAUGCACCCAGUGUAUCUUAUUAGUGGGCAUUAAUGGCUGAGGGUGAUUAAGGAAAUUCCUCUUGUUAAGCACUACCUUAUAGUGGUGAUCUAAUGAUAGCAGCUUAAAGGAUUGGGGAGACAGCAAUCUUGUGUGAUGAUGGUUUCAUCAGGUUUUUUUACUCGCCUGAUUGAUGAUGCAGUAGAAUUCAAAGAGUGGCCUGUAAACCAUGGUUAGAACUAAAAAAAUGAUGAACACAUUUAGAACUACCAUCUAAUUUGUAAAGCUUGUUCUUUACCUUGACAACAGUAGUUUGAUGGAAAAACUUUUUUACUUCCCAUUUAAAGGGGAACUUCAGUUUUUUUCAACCUGGGGUCUGUUUUUAUAUGUCAUUUCAUACAUGUGAGUAUGAAAAUGACAUACUCACAUGUAUGCUAGCGCCAAAACACCGGUUUCGGAACGAGAUUUGCUUUCUAGCGUACCAAGAUUUGGAUACAGACCACAACAAAGAGCGAUCGCCAGGUAAUGUGGAGGUUUUCGUUCUCUUCUCAUCUCUCGUAUGUUGUGGGACACUCGUUGAGACUAUCCGAGCCGGUCAGUGCGGGGAAAAAAGCACGUUAGGGCGGACUUUGACGCGGGGGUUCAAGUUGCCCCACACUUUUCGCUAGCUGAGCUGCGAAGCUGCCUGCCUGGCUAAAUACUGGAGCUAUGUCGAAAAUUCAUUUCUCCAUCACUCACAUGUAUGAAAUGACCUAUGAAAACAGACCCCAGGUUGAAAAGAAACGAAGUUCCCCUUUAACUCCUGAGCUUUAACAAGCCAUCUUUAGCUUGCAUUCUCACACUGAGGCGAACCUUGGAAUCAGUCAAAAUUCUGACAAUUUAGAUGAAGUUAGUUUAAAAAGGAUUGCAACCCCCAGCAGUGUUUACAGCAACGAAGAAGAAGAGAGAGAGACAGGCAGUAACACUUGGCGAAAUCCAACUGAUCAGUAAAGAGAGAAAACGAGAAUGUGGAGCUCACUGCUGUGGCCUUGUGGGGAAUCAUGACCUCCAUUUCAAUCUGCAUAUCAAACAACAGCUGCUCUGGCAGAAAUUCUGCCCAAAACUAUUCAGGUCUAAAUCAUUUGUACAGUAUCUGCCUGGAUUAAUGUACAGUAUCAAAACUGAGACAGUAACCAAAACUUGUGUUUCCACUGCCUCUGAUACACUGAAGUGAAUGUUUACACACAUUUACAGCUGCCAUCUUUUGUGCUCCAGUAGAGCUCAGAAUCUGCCAUUAUCUGUGGUUCUGGAGGAGCAGCUUUUGUUGAUUACAGUGGCAGCACUCAGCAUCUCGCUUGUAUCAGCAGCAUAAUUAUCCUUUUCAGACAUUUACUUUUUUGUAUGACUUAAAAUUUGAGAUGAGCACAGUCUAUUCAGAGAUUUGUGCUUCAUUCAUAUUAUUGUGUCUUCUAAGCCAGUCUUGACAAACUAUUGUGGGAACUAAAAAUAUGACACUUAUCUCAGGUAAUUGAUGUGAUAUUUACUUUUCACUGGCAAAUUCCAAUUAGGUGUUUGAUGUGCAUGCAACAGUAGGUUGUCUGACUGCAACUGAAAAUAAUGUGACUGCUUGGCGCUAAUUUGAAGAAAAAAAAAGAUGUCACUUGAUAUUAAAUAACAAGUGAGGGACUUCAAACUGCAGCUGUGAUUUCAUAUUUUUCAUAUAUUUUGGUCUAUAUGGGGGGCUGCAAGGUGACGCGGUGGUGAGCGCCCAUUGCCUCGCCACUAGAAGAUCCUCGGUUUGUGUCCCGGUUAGGACACCUAGGAUCAUUUUGUGUGGAGUUUGCAUGCUCUCCCUGUGCAGCGUGGGUUCUCUCUGGGUUCUCCAGCUUCCUCCCACAGUCCAAAAACAUGCUGAGGUUAGCUGGUGAUUUGAGAUCGUCCUUAGGUGUGACUGUGAGCAGGCUUGGCUAUUUGUCUCUAAGUGCAGCCAUACGAAAGACUGGCGACUUGUCCGGGGUGUGUCCUGCUUUCGCCCUAAGUCAGCUGGGAUAGACUCCAGCACCCUUGCAAACCUCAUGAGAACUAAACGGUGUAUAGAUGAUGGAUGGAUGGUUUAUAUGGGAAUCUUUUCCUACUUGGUUGCAUUAGCAUUGGUCUAACAGCACUGCUAGUUUUCAGGCGUAAACCGAUUUGGGAAGAAAUUGUCAUUUUAUUGGGGAAGUAAAUGACAGUGAAGCUGAUCCAGCUUCAGUUUUUCAUUCAGCAAACUCUGUGGGAGUUAUAUCUGUUUUUGUUUUUAUUAUCAUCCGUUCAUUCAUCCCUUCAGCUCACUUGCACUUGUAAAAUAGGAACUCUGUUGUUUUUUUUUAAUUCCCUCAAACAGAUGACUCACCGUUUUACUAUGAAAAUUACAUUGUGCUGUGUGAUCCCUCCAGUGUAAAACAUACUUCCUGUACAUGGGUUGUGUGAGUAUGAAUACACAAACCCCAGUUAAAGGCAAAAAGCUUUUCUGAAAUUUGUUUUGUCCCUGAGGAAAUCUUAUCACUCUGCCAAAGAGCAUGGCGGAGUUACAUAACAAUCUGUGUGGUUUGUCUGUUUGUCUGUUAGCAACAUUACUCAAAAACAGACAAACGGAUAGGGAUGAAAUUUUCAGGAAAGGACAAAAAAUGACACAAGGACCAAUUGAUUAGAUUUUGGCAGUAAUGUGGCUUAUAAUCUGGAUCCACGGAUUAGCUAAAGAUUUCUGUAUCAUUGCGAGAUAGCAGCACGGUGUCACUGUAACUAUGACAACAAGUGAGCACGAUGUCAGCUGCCUGCUGAUGAUCAGAUGAUUGUGAUUCUACUACAAAUCAACCGCUGUGGACAACAAAUUAUUUUAAAGAUUUCAUGCAUCGGAAAUCAUGCAAUAACUGAGCAGCCUUGGCGGAGUACUGCUGUCUCUCUGAGUGCUUUUCUUGUCAUUUUAAUAGUCAAAAGAAGUAGUCACAGAAUUACAUCAUUCUAUGAGGAUGUGCAGUUGUACCUGGACAGAAUGUAUCGGAAUGAACCCAGAUUGAUGUAUUUGAUGUCAGGCCUACAUCAGACUUUUCCUGGAGGCGGUGAGAAGGGUUUGUUGGAUUUUAGAGAACGUGAGAAGCAUAUAAACACAUCCCUUUAUGUUGCUUUCAGGCAACAGAGAUGAUGAUCAUUCCAAGCACACUAUGCGCCGCUGCUUUUAUUCUCAAGUAGGUAAUUCAUGCAGCAGUGAGGUUGAUGACGGUUCACGAGUGGCUCCGUGAUGCGCCUUGGAUUUGAAAUGAAAGUCUAUACCUUUUCAUCAUCCUCUCAUCACUUCACAGCGUUGCUUUUGACUAGACUCAAUUAAAGACUUGGCACUUGUUACAAACACUGGUGAGAUGCUUCAUUAAUGUAAAGGUUCCUCUUCUUCGAUCUGUUUUUUCAUGCUCCAGCAGCAAACUCAUCAUGUUUAGAAUAAAUCAAACUGAGUGAACUGAGUAAUUAGUAUUAAGCAGAGACACAGAAGGUCACCUGCAGAGGAAUUAUGGAACAAUGCCACUCGGUGUCAUUGAAGCACAGCCCCCUAAAACCAUCCCCAAUCCAAAUGACAGCUGCUCCUAUCAUAUUGCUGCCAUCAGUCACAAAGAAAAAUAGCUGCUGCAGUUCUGACAUUUGCACAACCUGCAGGCAAUAAGUAUGGCAGCUGCAUUUCUUGCUUCUUUAUAUGUAGCUACAUGGCUCAAGAGCCAGCAGUGUUGGUCAGUCGGUGCACACCUUAGGUUCAGGCUGAACAACUGGUUGGUAACCUUGAAAACAUAUACAGACACGCCUGGUGUCCUGAGGAUGAAGAGUACUGAUGCUGAUCAGCCUGUGACCUGCCACCUAGCACCCCCUCCAGUCUGACAUUUCUGAGUAGUUUUCUUGUGUGUGUGUGUGUGUGUGUGUGUGUGUGUGUGUGUGUGUGUGUGUGUGUGUGUGUGUGUGUGUGUGUGUGUGUGUGUGUGUGUGUGUGUGUUCUUGAGUGUACAGCUUAAAUCUCAAACCUGCAAAAGCUAAGUGUUUUUGUUCAGUAUAUGAAGAUUACACAGUCAGGGUUGUUCAUUUCUUACCAAUUUGUCCAAGUAAUAUGAAAAGAUGGUCUAUAUGUAACAGUGCUUUGAUGUAAUAAGGACUACAUUUAGGUGGGAAAAAUGGUACAUACACCCCCUGUCAAAAGUUUUAGGACACUUUCUCAUUUAAAUAAAGUAGAACCUGUCCUACAACUUUUGACAGGGGGUGUAUCUACCAAAUGUGGUACACAUAUGCAGCACAUCAGGCUGAACAAAAAAAGUCAGUGACAGCCACAUUCCAAACCCAACAGGAAGUGAGCUAUUUUGCAUUGAAUGUCAGAUUUUGCCCAUUUUUCAUUUUUUUUCUAGAGCGAACUCCUCCUAGGGGGAAACUCCAAUUCACCUCAAAUUCGGCCAGUACAUACAGGAGGCCUUAAUGAUCCAAAGUUAUUAAAAUCUUUUUCCAAAGUCAAAGGUCGUGUCUGUGGCGGCCUCUGGAAUUUGGAUCCUUCGCCAUGAAAUUUCAAAUGCUGUGUAAAUGCCCUGAACAUGCUCCAGUCUGCUUGAAACUUGUACGAUCAGAGUCCUGCCCUGAUCACAUCCAUAUGAUGAAAUACACCCCCUGUCAAAAGUUGUAGGACAGGUUCUACUUUAUUUGAAUGAGACAGUGUCCUUAAACCUUUGACAAGGGGUGCAUAUAAAACGUGAAAUGCAUAACAUCACACACCAAAGCAUCAUAUUUAAUAAACAAUAGCAUUGCCAGAGUUGUACAUUCAUUGCCUGCAAGGGAUCCAAGUGCUCAAAACGCAGCAGCAAUUGUUUUCUGUCUCCAACAGGCAGUAGCAUGUUUGCAUCUGCUGCUAUUCAUUUCAAAGAGGUGAUACGACACCUGAACAGCUCCCCCUUGCUGAGAAUUUGGAAGCUAAAUGUGUACAUUUAUGUUUACUUCAACCCAUUCCUUGUGAAAGAGAACGAAAGAAAGAAGAGAAUUGCUCAAAUUGCUUAACCUGAUUGCUGCUGUUUGUUCAUCUUCACUGGGGAACUUCAUCAUGCAGGGCUAGUGUCUGAUUCGUAGUGGCUAUUACAUGUUUACAAUAAGCGGUUGUUUUCAUGAGUCAUUGGUUGAGUAUUUUCUCUUGGAUACUGACUGUAAUACAUUAGGUGAAAAAUCAUUCCCACAUUUUAUUUUCACAUGUUUGACACGUUUCAUACUUUAUAUAUCCACCAGCUCAAUAUGUCAAUAAUCAAAUACCAGGUUAAACUCUGCUAUCAUAUUAUUUUUAGCUGUAAAUCAACCCAGUGUGUGGUCCUGGUUUAACAGUGCAAGAAAAACAAUCUAAUUUGCCUCCAAAUGCAAAUUAUUUAGUUUUUCUUGUCAUAGAAUCCCAAGAUGUCUUCACUAAGAUGUUGAAGACAGGCAUGAAUAACAGCAAUAAAUUUGCAUUUGGAGGCACUGAUACAUAAGAAAUCAAAUAAUCAUGAGCAUUUAAAAUAACAAAAAAAUCCUGUUUCUGUUAUUGUCAACUUGAAGAUUAGAUUCAAGUUUUUGUGCCAUCAGCCAGUACUACUGAAGAACUACAGAAUGUGACUCAACCACAAUUUAUGUCCUUCUCUUUUCACACAGGCACAUUUCAUACUGAUCAUAGCUUGCAGCAAAGAAUUUAUUUUUUGUCAAGGUUACUUUCUAAGUUUUAGGUUUUUUUUUCCCCAGGAGUGAUUAAAAAAAAAAUCUGUAUUUUUUCUUCAAUGUAUCAUGUUUGUGUGUGUGUUUUAAGUCUGUUAAAAACUACUUUCGGGAAAUAUUGAAUGUAAAAUAUGAGACAGGUCAUUGGAGCAUCGAAGGCGGUUGCAGCUGCACAGGCAGGACUUUUAAACGGUCUUUUUUUUACAUCAUGUAUAAACUCCCCAGCUGGUUUGGGGGUUUGAACUUGGACUGAGCCUCACCUCACCAACCCCUUCAUCACACUACUUUUUUUUUUUUAACCUCUGUGAAAGGUACUUGUACGGUAAAUUAAAUAGUGAACUCUUUUGUGUGUACAGUGAAAUACAGAUUCUUGUGAAAUGGACUUUUUCAGACAUUGUAAAUGUAUGGAUUUGUCUUAAACAUGACACAGGAGAAUAAAUAUUUAUCAUAACAAUGAUUUGUAAAUACCCUGUAUGUGCCAGUUUGUUUCAGUUUGCAUUCUCAUACAUAUAAGUCAGCAGUCUGUGACAUUAUCAUGAUAUCUACAGGGUUUUAAUUGUUGUGUUGACUGUGUCUUACAAUAAAUGUACUUGUGAAGGUG